AAACCUAUGUUAUGAAACGUUUCAUCAUGUGCGGGUGGUGUUCUUGGCUGAACCAGCGGAGUAAACACGUGUUUCGUGUAAAUCUUUCGCUUGUAAAACAGUAGUGCUUACCUCUUGGGAUGUCAUUUUAAUGCAAACAAGGAUUCGUCGAUGUGAAGGUCUUUUUGGGAGGAAACAUGAGCGGUCAACAUCGCUCCACUCCGGCCAAAGAAAACGGCAUUUCUCCAAUUCAACAGAUGGCGGCGUCCUGCUCGGGAGCGUUGGUCACGUCGCUGUUUGUGACACCCUUAGAUGUUGUGAAGAUCAGACUUCAAGCACAGAAAAAUCCUUUCCCUAAAGGAAAAUGCUUUGUCUACUGCAACGGCCUGAUGGACCAUAUUUGCGUGUGUAUGAAUGGCAACAACAAGGCCUGGUAUAAAGCGCCAGGACACUUCAACGGCACAGCGGACGCGCUUGUCAAGAUCGUUCGGAAUGAAGGCGUCAGGUCCUUAUGGAGCGGUCUCCCUCCAACUCUUGUGAUGGCCGUGCCAGCAACUGUCAUCUACUUCACUAGUUAUGACCAGCUACGUGCACUACUAAGGGUAAAAAUGGGCAAACACGAGCAGUUCGCCCCAAUGGUGUCGGGAGCCAUUGCUAGAGUGGGUGCGGCCUCAGUGAUCAGUCCAAUUGAGCUUCUGCGCACCAAGCUGCAAUCUGAGAAGCUAUCGUACAGGCAGCUGAGAACUUGCGUGCGCACAGCUGUGGAGGUGGACGGCUGGGUGUCACUGUGGCGAGGUCUGGGACCCACGUUGCUCCGGGACGUGCCCUUCUCUGCGAUGUACUGGUACAACUACGAAAGAGGCAAGAGGUGGCUGUGCCAACACUAUGGCACCGGGGAGCCCACCUUCGCCAUGACCUUCGUGUCCGGCGCCACGUCUGGCACGAUUGCAUCCAUCUUAACUUUGCCAUUUGAUGUGGUCAAAACAAGAAGGCAGGUGGAACUGGGGGAGCUGCAAGCAAUGAAUUUGUCACACAAGGCAUCCUCCACUGUCAGUGUCAUGAAGAAGAUCGUGACACAGCACGGCAUCAAAGGCUUGUUUGCAGGUUUCCUUCCUCGGGUGAUCAAAGUGGCGCCGGCCUGCGCCAUCAUGAUCAGCUCCUAUGAGUUGGGAAAGGAGUUUUUUCGCAAACACAACCAGGAUCGAGAACUUCGACAUCUGCACACCAGAAACACCUGAAAAAUUAUGAGUGGCCACCCCUCUUACACUGGGUUCAAACAAGCAAAGUUGAGAGACGAUUAAAAGUACAUUAUUAUAGUUAUUAUAAAUUCAUAUUCCAUGAUGAAAUGCUUCUGUUUGCACAACUGAAAUUCAAUGAGGGGACAAAUCCCUGGUACAAACAGGUAAAAUCUGAAUAGUUUACACCGUCCCAUCAAACAGAGUUGUAAUUGUGUAUAUGCCACAAAAUAAUGGCAAAGCACUUGAGACAGAGGAUCAUAAAACAGCAACAUGCUUCAAGCAUAUUGACAAGCAUGAACCAUUGCUGCUUAAAUGACUGCAUUCCAUAUUCAACACACAAAAAAAACCACAUUAGGCUCAGCAAUAGUUUUAGCUAUUUUUGGCCUAAAUAACAUGCUAGCCCAAAUUUCUUUGACACAGAUGCAUAUGGUCAAUGGGAAUUCUUGAUUUAAAUAAUGAAUUAUGAAGCUAAUCAUAUUAUACAGUAGGUAUACACAUAUAAAAAGAACAGGUGCAAACUGAAUUGACAUGACGCAUUGGCAAACAAAUACUCCAAUUUUUGCCCAAAGGGUAGUAAAUCAUUAAAUGUGUUGCAUUUACAUAUAAACGUUCAUCUCAGAUGACAUGCUGUGGCGACCUUUUAACGGGACAAGCCGAAAGAAAUUUAUAUAUACAUACAAUACAUGUUGGGAAAUACAGGCCAAUUGUAUCACUAAUGUAGAUUAGACAAAGUAUUCGUAGCAGUGGGAGAGAAGCAAAACAUGAUUUCAGGUUCUAUUUUUACUGUGCUCAUGGAACUUUCAAGGAUCAUUAGUUUGCACGUGAUUGAACGCAUAUGGUAAAAAAACUACCAAAUUAUUCAUCCUAACAGAAAAAACACUCCACAAGAUGGAGCCAAAGUAAUAAGAACGUUUAUUCUUUUGGCCUGAGCACCAAAACAGCAAAUAGGUAAUUUUUUUGUGCAAAGAACAUGAUGGGUUGCAAAAGAUUUAUGUGAAUGUCGAAGUGCCAAUAGGCAGGGAUUUACUAUAUGUCAGUGUUUGGGGGAGGGUGUUUCAGCCCACUCUUCCAGUUUAGAAUUUUCAACACUGUCAACUGCCCAUCAGAGAAAAUGUCAAGGGGGGUAUGGAAAAAGUAGAAAAAAAAAUCCCCCCCAAAAAUUUAAAAACCACUAUUAUAUGUUAAAAUCCAUUUUUGAGUACUGGGACCUACUUGUAUAUGUAUUUUCUUAAGACAUUUGCAUCUGCACUGUGCCUGAUGUUCUGACUAAAGCCAUAAAACUG